ACAAAGGAGCCUGUGAACUUUUAAAGGACCACUACAUUUUUAAAACUGUCAAUAUGGUUGAUGCAUUUUGUGCAACUUGGAAAUUGGUGGACAGCAAGAAUUUUGAUGAAUAUAUGAAAGCACUGGGUGUUGGUUUUGCUACUAGGCAAGUUGGCAAUGUUACCAAACCCACAAUUGCCAUCAGCCAUGAAGGGGACAAGCUUUGUAUAAAGACACUGAGUACCUUCAAAAAUACUGAGAUUUCAUUCAAACUGGGUGAGGAGUUUGACGAAACCACAGCAGAUGACAGACACGUAAAGUCAACUGUAACCAUGGAAGGAGACAACCUUGUCCAUGUUCAGAGGUGGGACGGCAAGGAGACAAAGUUUGUUAGAGAACUCAAAGAUGGAAAAUUGAUUAUGACGUUGACCUUUGAGGGAGUGGAGUGUGUGCGCACAUAUGAAAAGGCAUAAUGUCAAACUAAUGGAUGAUUCAGUGUAACCCCGGCAACUUGACAAUAUUAGAAGGGCAUUUUUACAUUGUAUUCUAAAGUUUUUCCCCUUUUUUAGAAAUGUGAGAUAUAUUUUGUAAGACCUUUUAUAUGAAAUACACAUUGUGAAGUGUUUGUAAUGGAGCAUAAUGUUGGUGAAUUGUGUAAGUGAGGCUUGCAUUUGUGUCAAAAUGAAUGAAAUACACAUUUGGUCAAAAAAAGUGUCUUUGUUUCUUAUUAAAAUAUGUCUU